AUAUGGUCCCACUGGGUUUCCUGUUUGGACCCUCACACACUACCAUAAACACUCUUCGUUCAAGCCAUCGUGUCUUUCUCAUCUCAAUGAAGAGAGGGAGAGAGAGGAGGGGAGGGACCUGCUCGUGCGUGUGUUUUUUCUUCAACUAGUUGACACUAGCAAGAGGAGACGGCAGCAUCCUCUGUCCCGCAUCACCUUCAAAUUUUGCGUUAUGACAUAAACAGUACUUCAUGUGAACGCCAAAGGAUCCGCAUUCUAAAAGCAACCUGUCCCAUCCUUUUUUCCCCACGCGUUUUCUUCAAUGCUUUGACAUCUGGAAUGUGCUGUUUUCUUGCAAGCGUUGUUUCCAUGCCAGCAUGGGAACUGCAGUAUCCAAAAGGAAGAAUCUGAGAAAUGAUGCGAUUUCUUCGGUGGCGGCCAAAGUUAGAGCAGCUCGUGCAUUUGGAGAGUACCUUCACACCCAUCCUGAGAACCACGGAUCAGAUCACUUACUGUCUGACACCCUCGUUGGCCACGACUCUGAUUCCCCAGACAGCCUGUGUGCUCAAAACAACAACUUUCACAGCUGCAUCGCCGUCAGCGCCGACCCCAGCUUGAUUAACCCUGCCGUGGGCCUCCUGGAACCACCACCUCCGACGACUUCCUCCAAGAGCCGGCUGUCCCUAGAGCGCAGCUUCUCAGCAGAGGAGGACCAGCAGAAGUGUGUGGAGUGUGCCCUGCAGCCUGCUCGGGUCUAUACCAUCACUGGAGAGAGCGGCAUGCUGGGAACCAGCCGGGGAAGCAAGGAGAACCUGGAGCUUGAGGUCUUGAAAGGGGGACGGGAGGCGUGUCAUGCCCAGCCCUCUACGUCCUCCAACUCAUCUUCUCCGACUCAGCACCACCACCACCAUGGAAGCGGAAGCGGGAGCGGGAGUGUGAGCGGGAGCGGCAACCACCAUCACGGCAACCACCAUCAUGGUAACCACCAUCAUGGCAACAUCAGUGGAGGCGGAAAUGGCGGAACCAACCCCCACCAGCACAUCUCUAGUGCUGGAACGUCGCACCAUCAGCACGGGGCACACCACCACCACCUUUCCCAGCCUCUGCAGAGCUCAGUCAGCGCACACAACAUUCGUGGCUGGGGGGAGGGAAAGGAAUGUGGCCUGGCGUGUGAGUCCUGUUCUGGGGCUCCAUCACGCAGCCAAGGCUCCCUGGACCUGGAAAGCAGCACCCGAGAGGCAGGCAAGCAGCGCCGGCCACCACUAGAGCGGAUGUGCAGUGUGGACCGCAUGACUGGGCUGGAGCGAGACGAUAACAGUUGGUUCCCUAAAGAGAACAUGUUCAGCUUUCAGACUGCUACCACGACCAUGCAGGCGAUUUCGGUUUUCCGGAGUCUAGCAGAGAGAAAGAGGAGAAAGAGUGAGGUGGAGUCAGUCGCCAUCAUCCAGAGGAAUUUCCGGAAGCAUUUAAGAAUGGUGGGCAGCAGAAGAAUGAAAGCACAAACAUUUGCAGAGCGCAGGGCGAAGAGUUUCAACCGAUCCUGGAGCGAUCCGACCCCUGUCAAACAAGACUCCCUAACCGACUCAAAAGACAGUGGGGAUCUGCAGACGACCUGCUGUACCCCAGACGAGGGCGGAUGUGAAGACAUGGACUGGGAGGAGGAGAGAGAGAUGGAGAGACUGGCAUGUGAAGGGGAUGACUUUAUCCCUCCUAAAAUUAUGCUGAUUUCAUCUAAAGUCCCCAAAGCAGAAUAUGUUCCCAAUAUUAUUCGAAAGGAUGAUCCUUCUAUUAUACCCAUACUCUAUGAUCAUGAGCAUGCCACGUUUGAUGAUAUUCUGGAGGAGAUUGAGAAGAGAUUGACAGCCUACAGGAAGGGCUCCAAGAUCUGGCGCAUGCUGAUCUUCUGUCAGGGCGGCCCAGGACACCUGUACCUGCUGAAGAAUAAAGUGGCCACUUUUGCCAAGGUCGAGAAAGAAGAAGACAUGAGCCAGUUUUGGAAACGACUUAGCCGGUUUAUGAGUAAAGUGAAUCCAGAGCCAAACCUGAUCCACAUCAUGGGCUGCUAUGUCCUGGGCAAUCCGAAUGGAGAGAAGCUGUUCCAGAAACUGAAGAACCUGAUGAGGCCUUAUUCUGUCACAUUUGAGUCACCGCUGGAGCUCUCUGCUCAGGGCAAAGAGAUGAUUGAGAUGUACUUCGACUUCCGUCUGUUUCGACUUUGGAAAACCCGGCAGCACUCAAAACUCCUCGACUACGAAGAUCUCUUGUGACCCCGCGCGGGUCAGCGUGUAGCAUUGCGGGCAGGACGUCCCACUUUAAAACUCCAUUCUACCAGCUUUCAUUUCGGAGAACAGGAGGAAGAGGAAAACGAGUGGAGACCGACACAGCCACCUCGCUGCGUCACAACUAUUGUUUAUUUCAGCUCGUCUCUGCGGACUUCAACCUCCUCCGAACGGUAACACACAAGGGACAAAAACAAAAAGCAAAUGGUUCAAAAUGCAAGAGAAAUCCGGAUACGUGGAUGUUUCGGUUCUCUAAUGGAGAAAAGUGAGGGUGUUUCUCUGGUUGACAAACAAGUUGUCGACUGUUUUCUUUUUUUAAACUAACAUAUCGCCGAGCGCUACCGAACACUAGCCUAGACAGUUGUGCUUAUGACAGAGUCCUGCGUGCAAUAUCAUGUCGCGCCGAAACUUACCUACCAGAACACACAGAAAUGGUCAUAUAUGAAAUAACAACUAAUAUAUUGGUAUACAUACAGGAUAUACAUCUCAUGAGUAUAUAGAGUAGCUAUAGUCAUGCAAAUAAUCUAUAUGUCAAUGGUACACAAAUUACUUUUUCAGUGUUUAUUGUUGUGGUCUUUCUAAUGAACUAUUUUGAAUAACUCAGGUUUUAGCCUUUACAAAUAUGUUAAUUACUCCCCUAUCCAGAUGUGUGGAAGUCAUUUAGGUGGAAAGAAUGUACAUCUGCCAACAUAUUUAUAUGUGCUUGUUUCAGAGGUUUAUAAAUCUUUUAUCACUUUUCGUUUUCGACAUAACUUGUGUCUUCUCAUUAUAUGCCGGCAUUUGUUUCUCCAUUGAAAAUAUAGACUCAUUGCAAAACACCAAUCAUACACAGUCUCCAAACUGGGAAAUCAUGACUUCCAGUCAUAUAAUAACUCUGACCUCAAUAUAGCCAGGCAUCUACACCAGGUGCACCUGAAGUGUCAGCAGGAAUAUAGCAUUGCAGGGAGAUGUUGCAGAAUUGCUAAAAUAAGCGCUUGUGUCAAUGUGUUCAUAACAAUUAGGAUGUUUUCACUCUCGGUUUGAUUGCUUAGUCUGAACCUGUCAGUCUUUAAAAACGUAUUAUUAGGCUCCAAAUGGCAGUAUAUUUAGGCCUUCAUCGUGUGUACCUCCAUGAGUACAGUACAUGCGGUAGCUGUCAAAAAAGGAAAUUUGAUGUCUAGUUCACCUUUUUUACACGUUUUGGUUUUAGUACUCAAUAUUUUGUGGCACUUCCUUUUGUACUAAAUAUAUGCUACAGUUCAAAAGGGUUGGGUCAGUAAGAUUUCUUAUUUGAAAGAAAUUAACACUUUUACUUAGCAAGGAUGCUUUAAAUUAAUCAAAAGUGACAAUAAAGACAAAAAAUACAAAAAACAAUAAAUAAGCAGCACAACUGUUUUCAACAUUGAUAAUAAGAAGAAAUGUUUCUUGAGCACCAAAUGAGUAUCUUUCAAAUACAUUAAAGAACCGUACUGACCCCAAAGUUUUGAAUGGUAGUGUAUGCAUACUAAUAUGUAAACAAUAGCUGUUCACAUCCACAAAUGAGGCUGGGUAGCUUUUAGAGCAAUUGUGAAUCAUACUUGACUCCACAUGAACCCCAGACUGCUGUUUUUUGACUUGGGUGUUUCCAUGAUGUCAAAAACUAAUUCAAAGUUCCAACCAAAUGGUUUUGGGUUCACAUCAUCGGCUCUAGUGUGAAAACAGCCUUAUUUGUUCUCUCCAUUUUUGAAGCCAUUGGUGUUGUGGGUCAUGAACAGGCAUUAUUCUGAAGGUCACUAUUGCCUUAUGGGGCGGAAUGGUAUUUGAUGGCCAUAUGUGGAUAAUAGAAGGAUUUAGACCGUUUUACGGCAGCUUGCAGGUGUAAUCUCUAUGCAUUCUUCUUCCAUUAGUAGCUUUCAGAGGUUUUGAGCAACUCGGGAGUUGAUUUUCAUGUCUAUCUUUAUGAAUGUUCUAUUGUACUCAGCUAAUAAGCCAUACACUCUUUAGCAAGCUGCUCAGACUGAUGGCUCUUUGAUGUGGAUGGCUUCAGGCACUCAUGAUGAACUUCCAGCUGGUUGAAUGAUGGAAUCUUUUCUUUUGUUUUGCUUUUUUAUGCAUCCACAAUGCUAAUUGGCUACUCUUUUGGUGUUGUUCAGGCAAUCUUUAACUUAACUGAUAGAUAGAAUGAGGUCUUGCCCCAUGGAAAUAAGUGAAGCAGUCAGUACACUGUAUAAAAUGGUCUUAGAUAUAAGAAUGAAAGGAAAGAAACUCCAACAACAUGCUAUUAGAACGUUACCGUGCCAAGAUGUGCAUCAUCUGGUGAUUUAAAGGUGUUUAAUGUUAAAAUGGCGUCUUUUACUAUAAUUUAUUGUGAUGACAGAACUAAAAAUAAGGUUUAUUUCCCAGAAAAGUGUAAAGACUGUGGUUAAGCCAAUGGCUUGAGUUGGGGGCGGGACUAGUCUGUUUGGGCCUGGCCAAACAAGUAAUUUAGAAAGGGUUGUCGAUACUUUUGGCCAUUAAAAAAAGUUUUAGCGUCUUACAGGAAAAAAUUUAGCAACAUAUUUAAAUGUUAAAACAUUUAUUAUGCAUCUGAGGGGCCAUUUACACGACAAACGGAAAACUUUAUAUGUGUUUUAGCCGUUGAUUUACACGACAACAGCGUUUUGGGGGCCUGAAAAUGCAAACUUUUGAAAAAGGGUUUCAAAGUGCAAGUUUUUGAAAACGAUACUGUUAUUGUCUUCGUGUAAAAAACACUAAAUUGUGAAAACGGUGAUGUCUUGCGCAUGUGUAUUACGUGUUCAGUCUAUAGGCGUGUAGUGUUUCUUUACAAAGUAACAUCGCCAACUACUGGCCUGGCAGAAGAAUACAGCGCUUUUAGUCAUUUUCGUGGAUCUGUGUGAACGGGGAACAACGUUGUCGUCUGUAUGCAAAAAAUACAAAAGAAAAAAAUUCUGUUUUUACACUCUAAAAAUGCUGGGUUGUUUCAACCAAUGUUUGGGUCAAAUGGGUCGAAACAACAAAGCAUUUUUUGUAGUAUGAGUGUAGUGGUUGUCGUGUAAAUGUACCCAUAGAUGAAAAUCCACACAUUGAAUGAACAUCUUGGCAACGUACAUGUACUAUCAAGAUAUAUUAUCCAGUCAUGCCCUUGCUUUAAAGGUAUAUAAAGUAAUCCAAUACAUAAAAGCUAGUGAAUAAACCUUUAAAUAGUCUACAGAGUUUCCAGUUCCACUGGAGUGUGUCUGGAUAUAGAAUACAGUAGGGUUGUCUUAUCAUAGGGGAUGUUGCUGGUGGUCGGUGCAGUCAGAUGAGCACACCGCUUCCCCUAAAGGGCUGCACCCCAGCCAGAAAAUAGGCUGCAAAUGAAUUGGACUGAUCCUCUAGCAAUUUCAGUCAUUAUGGGGCCAUCUGUGACUCGCAGUAGGUGUCAGAGAGCCUGGCAUGUCAGAGGGAACAAGAGAGAAUCCACAUUCACUAUUCUACAGAUGGCAACAUCACGUUAGCGGGAACAUUGGGUGGCGAGAGUGAAUGUCGUCUUGGGAUGUCCAAUUUGAACAGAAUGCAUCAAAUGGAGGGCAGUCAUAUCACAUGGAUCACUCAUUUCACUUAUAACCACCGUCCUGUAAGAAUGUUUACACAUUUAUUCAUUUACUUUUUAAUAAAUAGUGUUUUAAAGCUGUAUGUCGAUGUAGCAAUAUAUGUAACUCCUCCUCUAUGAUGUUAAUGUUUUGAUCUUUUUACUAAUUUAUUAUAUAUUUAUGCUAUUUAUUUUGUACUUGUGCUGGACAGUAAUAGCUGUUUGUGCAAAGCAUUCAUUUAAUUAUGGAAGAAUCUCAGCUUCUUCUGUACACAAAGCUUUGGCAAUGUCUUUAAAUUGAUCUUUGUAUAAUAUUAGCCUCAAAAGUUACCUACAAGUAACACCUUAUUAUAAGGGUCAAUUCGUUAACAUUAGUUAAUGCAAUACGCAAAGCAUUUAUUCAUCUGUGUUAUUUCAGUAUUAUUUAUAUAUUAUUGUAGUAUUUAUUAAUAUUUUGAAUUAGCAUUUAUUUUUAUAUUUUAAGUUUUCAUUUUACUUUAAGAUUUUGUUCAUUUUGUUUUGUUUUCCGUUUUAGUAAUUUAAGGUCCUUAUUUCAGUUAUUUGCCAAAGCAACAUAUCUAAUUUUUUUCAAAUUUAUUGCAGUUAAUGAAAAUGAUUUUAAUAGUUUUAGAUAACAUUAACAACUCUGUUAUUAAUCUAGCUUAAUUGUAUUCAUUUUCAUUUAUUUUUAAUUAAAUAUAAUGAAUUAAGCAGCUCGUAAACAUACUUUAUCAGUAGGAAAAAACUGAAAUAGCCUGUGAAACAUUAAAAUAUUAUGCAAUCAUAUGACAUUUCUCCUUAUAUACAAGUAUGUAGAAAUUAACAUUUGUAUUGUUAAUUGUUAGUUUAUGGUACCCUAUACAUUAAAUACAAUAAUGUUAAUAAAUUGAGCCUUAUUGUGAAGUGUUACUGAUCUCACUUAAAGGGUUAGUUCACCCAGUCAUUAUUUAUUCACCCUCAUGUCAUUCCAAAGACCUUCGUUCAUCUUCAGAACAAAAAUUAAGAUAUUUUUCUUGAACUAACCCUUUAAUGACAGCUUGCUUGUAUUUGAUGUAAACAGAGAUGGUUGAUAGAAGGCUGACAAGAAAAACUAACGCCUAAAAUGUCAACCCAACCCCUAACCCCUAAACAUUUGGUGGUAGAGUUUGAUUCUAAACCAGAUGACCAACAGAACCCCUUCAUAUGUUUAAAUUGGCAUUGUUUGUUGACAUUGUUUGACGUGUAUGAAUGGGCGGUUUCUGCUGUCACUCUACAUGAUCAGAAGAUUGCCUCAGCUUUAACAGUGUUUAGCCAUCUAAUGUAUUUCCUUUGUUGUUGGGCCUAAACUAAUUAUGUGUAAAAAAAAAAAAAAAAAGUAUUAAAGGAGCGGUGCUGUAAUUUUUUUAGAUAAAUGAUUUAUUUAUUCAAACAUACAAGGUAUUUUUAUGAGACUUUAUGGACAACAGUAUGUUGGUAUUUGUUUUUAUUCACAAUUUUAGUAGCCUUUAUUAGGCAUUACAGUCAAGGAAGUCUCUGUCUGUUAGCAUUUCCAUUCAUCGCAACUGCACUUGUGCGGAAUUAUGUGAUUUUAAAAACGUUCAUUACAUGCUAUAGCCCUGAUGAAAUGGCAUCUACCAUGUGGAAUUAACCUGGUCAUGCCAACUAGCUGAACCUUAACCUGCUGAGUACAGUAUUUACACACAUAAAUCUUGCAUUGGUCGGCUACAAUGGCCAAAUCAAGCUGGUGCUUCCAGUGAGAGCACAAAGAAAAAUGAAAACCAUUGGCGUAUUGUGAGAUACGGUAUACACAGUAUCAUUUUUUUAUCUUGUGAAUAUAUUUCAACCCUUGAUCAUGCAAUAUGCUUGUUAAUGCAGUUUAAUGGUUCUCCGGUUGAGAAUGUACCGAAUUAAUUUCAAGUGAGGGUGCAGUUACAGACCGGCCGUUCAUUUCACUCAAAAUGCUCUUGAGUAGAAUAAAUAUCUUACAAUCUAUCCAAAAACUUUCAUGUUUUUCCUUCCUGCCCAUCUCACCAUGUCCCAUUCAUGUGUGCUGGAAGAUUAGCAGGAGCGCAGGUGCGCCAGAGCUCAUUAGCUUUAUGAGAGACUUGAUGGAUGGUUUGGUUUUCAGAGCAUUACACUCCAACCCUCUUCACGUCAUAUGAGAUUGUGUUUUAUUAUUAGAGUAUGAAUAUUCAACAAAAAUACAUCCUUUAUCAUCUGUUAUUCAGUGAAGAGAAUGAAAAUGUUCUCUGUGCCACUUGAGAGGUGGAGAGUGUACCAUCGAUGAUAAUUGAUUUUUUUUUUUUUUUUGAUGCACCCAUGAAUAAUGAUGACAUGCUAUUGUUUUUAUGAGGUAGAUAUUGUAGAUAUGAAUUACAUAACAGAUAUAUCUGGUGUUGAUUAUGUCAUUGAGAUAUCUACAGUACAUCUGCAGAUUUGUGUCUUGUGCAUUUCAUGGUGUAACUGAAUCAUUGUGCUGGAGAUUAACUCAUGCGGUCGCUGGACCCGCAGCGUCUUAAAUACGAGAUAUUCCAACAUGCUGGCACUGAACGGGUGCAAAGUGUUUCUAUGCUUUUCUUUUCUAAUAAAAUGUUGUUUCGACCAUC